GCUGCCUCUGGCCCUCGGGUAGAUGACCUCACUUCCUUUUGCAUCAGACACUUCCGUCAAGAUGGCGUCGGGCAUGGAGGUUGCUGUUGCAGACACAAAUGAGGAAUCCUCAGAAAGCACAGCAGCUCAGAAGAGAGAAGACAGGCUGCGAAAGUUCAGAGAGCUUCACUUCAAGAGGAAUGAAGCUCGCAAGCUCAACCAUCAGGAGGUUGUAGAAGAAGACAAGAGGCUUAAACUUCCUCCAAACUGGGAGGCUAAGAAAGCCAGACUGGAGUGGGAACUGAAUGAGAAUGAAAAGAAAAAGGAAUGUGCAGCAAGAGGAGAGGACUUUGAGAGAGCUAAGCUGUUGGAGAUCAGUGCCGACGAAGCAGAAAGAUGGGAAAGAAAAAAGAAGAAGAAGAAUCCAGAUCCAGGCUUCUCGGGUUAUGCUGAAGCACAGCUGCGGCAGUAUCAAAGACUCACCAAGCAGAUUAAGCCUGACAUGGAAAGCUAUGAAAAACAGCGGGAAGAAUGCGGCGAUGACUUCUUCCCAACAUCCAACAGCCUGCUGCACGGCACCCAUGUGCCGACUAAAGAAGGGAUGGACCGGAUGGUGGCUGAUGUCGAGAAACAGAUUGCGAAGAGGUCAAAAUACAGCAGGCGCCGGGCAUACAAUGAUGAUGCCGAUAUCGACUACAUCAAUGAGAGAAACGCCAAGUUCAACAAGAAAGCCGAGAGAUUCUAUGGAAAAUACACUGCUGAGAUCAAGCAAAACCUGGAAAGAGGCACUGCAGUUUAAUAUUGUGUGCAUACAUCCCAUGAAUUCAGUGCACAUGCAGAACCUUGAAGGUUUGGUUCAUUUGUUGUCAUCAGGGAUAGCAUUAUGUUGAGCAGGAGGAAACCCUUUUUCUGAAUGUGAAGGCGAACCAUGGGUUCGUUCUUUCCAAGUAUUAUACUGAUCCACACCAUUUAAAUAAGAGCUCACUUUCCUUGAACCACAAAGACCAAGCAUCACAAUAAGUAACAGAUGGGAAUGUUUCCGAAACGUAUGCAAAGUUUUUAAUCUUUGCAUGUAGGAACGAUGAAAGUUUAAGAAUUAAAGUUUUUUUUGCUGCCCUUUUUAAGUAGAAUGCUUUUUGUAAGUUAAAAUAUGUCACCGUGUAAUCUUUUGGAUGUAUCUUCUCAUUAUUCAAUCAUGUUUAUAGUUCAAUAAAAUGUUUUAACAAUUCCUUGUAAUUUUGUUGCUGGUAGUUGAUUUUACAGAUAUUAUUUCAUAACUUUUGGUCUUUAUAUAGUGAGGAAGAAUGGAAAAGAUGAUCAGCCUAUCACUGUUAGUUUUUUUUUUGCAUUACUAUCCUGAUGGUACAAGAUUUUCCAGUAAUGCUUGUGUUCACCUUCGAUCAGGAGGUUGUCAAUAGAUAUGGAACAUGACAUCUUUUGUUGACUUUUGGAUGGUUACUUCAUAUAUUUCUAACUAAACUGGAGAAAUAUGCAUGGAUUGUAAAACUUUAUCUUCUCAAUGAUCAGUCUUGUAAAUAGAAGAUGUUUUUCAAAAAUGUUCUAAUUUUCAUUUAUUGCUAUUAAAUGAUUUUUACAAAA